AUGAGUGGUGGUUGUUGUGAUUUACGCAAACGUUGGGAUGAUCUCGUUGGCAAAUCAGAAAAAGAAGCAGUUGAAACUAUUAAACAAGAUGGUGAGAAAAAUAUUGAAGUAGUCGAUGAUGAUACACCAGAAGCUAAUGCAGCAAUUAAAAGUGGUGUUGUACGUGUCAUUUUAGAUGAAAAUAAAAAUGUUAAAUAUCCACCACUUCGACAAAGUUAA